AUGGGGAAGAACAACUCAAAGAAGGCUGCGCGCCAUGCUCGCAUUACUCAGGACUUCUUUAACCAGGUUCCGGAAUCAUCUACGGAAGAAUCGGCCAAGACCACCGCUGAGAGGCCUUCAAUUUCUUUGCCCACGCAAGUCGCCAGAGCACUCAAUUCUUUUGUCAACACUUCAAACGCUCCCAAUCCUACCAUCUUGAGUGGCACCUUUCAACAGAUCGAUCUGGGCGACGACUACAGACAAGUUGCCUGCUUACUCGGAGAGCGUGUUUUCCACACCUUUGAGAGGAGCAAAGACGCCGCUCGAGAUCUCCUUCGUCACUUCUUCACCACUGCUUACUUGACUGUUGACCAGUCGACUGGCAAGAGAGAGUGGCGUGUUGACACGGACAUCAAGAUUGAAAUUGUUCACGCUAUCAAAACCAACAAAUUCAUCGGCCUCUUCACCAGUCAGAGACCUGUCAAAGGCACCAAUCCUGUUGAAUUUGAGGACGUCAUUGACUCUCCAUCCUUCCUCGACGAAUUUGACGUGAUUGGCAUCAUUGUCGACUUCUUUUUUGACUGGGCGGUUCAGUGUGCGGAUUUCCUCCGUCGUAACCCAGACCACAAAGCUGUCGACAUUCCUUUCAAGACCUACGUCGAACACUACCGUCCUUUCACCUGCAUCGGCAUCAUCGAGAUCGCUGCUGCCAUCAGAAACGGAAAGACCAUUGACAUCGACCCUCGACCUCUCGAAUUCUUCAUCGCCGUCAGAAUGAACAACAUGGCUGAUGAGCAGAACCUUCUCAUCCAGGGUAAACCAAAAAAGACUGGCCGCAAGAACAACAAGAACAAAGGUGAAGGCAAAGUGAAAGCUACUGAACCAGAUGCCACCAACAUGGAGUACACUGCCAAACCGGCUGAGAAGAAACAAGAUGACAAAGACAAUGCCGCCGACAUGGAUGUCGCUUCCAAACCUGUUGAGAAGAAACAAGUUGACAAAGAUCAUAACACCAAGAAGAAUGUCGCUGUCAAAAGUGCCAAAGACUUGGAAGAUGACAAAGAAGAUACCAGAGAGGAUGACGCUGCUGCUGAGUCCACUGUCACCAAAGUCGAGUCCACUGCUCAAGAUGUCAAAGGCAAACAGGUCAACAAAGAUAACAUCACUCUCCCUGCCGCCACUGCUGCCACAGAUCGCAACAUUGCUGUCACUCCUGAUGAACUUCUUGCUACCAUGACUGCUGGAAUUCGCACUGCCCCUACUGGUCGCAACAUUACUGUCACUCCUGAUGACCAUGUUGCUACUUUGACUGCUGGUGCUCGAAAUAUUUCCAUCAACGACACACGCACAGAUGAAGAUCCGUAUGGUCUCCGCAAUCGUCGUUCGAAAUGGUCUACUAGUGCUCAUGGUUCUGCCACGAACAACUCCACUGCCGAAGAUGACGAUCCGUUGAAUCUUCGCGCUCGUUCGAGACUCCCAGCUGCAUCCGUCAUCCACACCGACAUGUUCACUGACGCUGAUGGUCCUACUCCUACUGGUCCUCCAAUUCCUGGUCCUGCCACCACUGGUCAUACCUCUGCCGGCACUCGAUCUGGUUACCCUGAUCUGGAGACUAUCCGAGCUCGUCGUCAUGAAAGAAUUCGUGAACGCUUAGCUAGACACGGCGCUAACUUUCCUACCGCAACUACCGCUACUACCGCUACUCCCACGACUGCCACUGCCACGACUGCCACUGCCACGACUGCCACUGCCACGACUGCCACUGCCACGACUGCCACUGCCAUGGCUGUCACUGCUACUGAUGCGCCUGGGACUGAGUGCACUGCACCACCUCCUCGUGUUCGCCCUUGUCGUCGUCAAGCUUCUGCUGCGACUGCAGGAUCCAGCACCACUCCUCAACAGCCACGUGCCGCAAAACCACGUGAGACUGCCACCCAACGCCUUGCCAAGAACCGACUCUACCAAGAGCUCCAGGAUCUUGUCAACACCAACUUCCCUUCUGCUGCGGCUCGCCGCACGGCCUUCGCGCAGGCCAGACAGCGCCUUCUACAUUCCGAGACGGUGGCGGCGGCACGCGGAGAGCAACCUCUGCGUGCCACUGCCACCAGGGCGACGCAGGAGGCAUUGACAAUCGGGCGCGACGACGCGUUGAACGCGGUCCGCCAGCAACGUGCUGCCGAGGCCGCUCGGAUGAGGGCCAGCAGGGCCGGAACGGAGGCGAACGCUCGUGCCAGAGAGCAGGGGUUCGGGUUUGACAUCGGGGGGAUGGGUGGGUGGUAUGGCGAGUUGGAGGCCAUGCAGAUCCAGGGUCUUGGUGGCAACAAGGCCACUGGCAAGAAGGAGGACGAGGCCAAGGAGAAGUGA